UUUUCGGGUUUAAAGGACGAUCCACCCCGACUUCUGAAGGAACCAGCUAGCGACCGCGACUGAGAGCUCGGGAUCUCGGGGAAUCAUGGAAGCUGAUGAAGACAACAAAAAACCAGCUUGUAAAAAGUCCCAGCCAGAUACAGAAUUUAUGAAAGAUGAACAAAGUGAGGGAUUAAUUGAUGAAAUUAAAAGGGAAAAUAUGCAGUUAAAUGAGGAGAUCAAAAAACUUGAAGCUGAAUUACAGGCAGACAUCAGAGACUUCCAGAUUAAAGAGAAUGUCCCUGAAACAAAGAUGAAAUUCAUAUCAGUGGAGUAUCCUGAGGAUGACAGCCAGUUUCUUAAUAUCUCCUGUUCAUUUCAAGUGAGCUCACAAAUUCCUUAUGAACUACAAAAAGGACAAGCUCUUAUCACCUUUGAGAAAGAAGAAGUUGCACAGAAUGUGAUAAUGAUGGAGAAGCACAAUGUCCAGUUAGAGGAUGUUAUCGUUGAGCUUACUGCCAAGCCUGUGCCACUAGACUCAGGAGUGAGAUUCCAGGUACAUGUAGAAAUCUCUAAAAUGAAGAUCAACGUUUCUGGAAUUCCUGAUGAACUGCCGGAAGAGCAGAUGAGGGACAAGCUAGAACUGAGCUUUUGCAAAUCCCGAAACGGCGGCGGAGAGGUGGAGAGUGUGGACUAUGAUAAGCCAUCCGGGAGCGCUAUCAUCACGUUUGUGGAAGCAGGAGUUGCUGACAAGAUUUUGAAAAAGAAAGACUACCCUCUCUAUAUAAAUCAGAAGUGUUAUAGAGUUUUUGUUUCUCCAUAUAUAAAAAGACACUUGCAAAAGUACCAGAUGUUUUCAGGGGUGUCGAGGAGGACAGUGCUUCUGACUGGAAUGGAAGACAUUCAGAUAGAUGAAGAAAUUGUGGAGGAUUUUGUUAAUAUUCACUUCCAACGGAAGAAGAAUGGAGGGGGAGAAGUAGAUGUGGUCAAGUGCUCUCUAGAUCAACCUUAUGUAGCAUAUUUUGAAGAAUAGGCCAUAUAAAAAUUAUAGUUAUUGAACCCAACUCACUGCAAACAUUGGCAAACAUGAAUAUCCUUUUCCAGAAAAAUAACUAUUUUAAUUCUUCAAUUUCUACUUAGUCUUAGAUGCAAAAUAUAUUUCCAAGCUUUAAAAUUCUUCUUUACCGCCAGCUCUGCUGCAUGUUUACAGAUGUGUAAGUGCACUGUGAGGAAAGUGUUCUGUUCAGAAUUCCACGUGGAUGGGCUCCAUGACUGCCUAAGUUCACUUUAAGUGAUCCAAAUGUCCCACUGCCUCUGCUGGCUCACUUAGUCAUAGGUUUACCAAUUCUGUUUGGUCCCAUGCCCAGUAUUCCAGUUAACUUCGCAAUGCUGGACUAACACCAGACUCAAAGCAGCCUAUAGGAGAAAAGGGUUUAUUUCAGACUUAAAAAUUCUAGGGGAACACUAUCAAUGGAGAAGAAGCUGGCUCACUUCCAUACAUCUAGCAGACACCAUCAAACAACUAGUAAACACCACAAAAAUCAUCGGAGCCCAAACUUCUCUCUACAUAACUUGGGUGGGACUCAAGAUCUUCCCCCAGUGUCAAGCCCCCUGUAGCAGGGAUCUGCC